CUGAUGUUCCUGACGCUGCUCUGCGUGGCCUUGCUGGAGCAGCUGGUUAUUUACCAGGUCGGUGUCAUCCCCAGCCAGUACUAUGAAGUCCUAGGGAACAGGGACUUCUCCGGGUUCAAAACGCUGACUGCCGUUGCCCUGACUCUGAUCGUGGUGAACUCCACGCUAAAAAGCUUCGACCAAUUUAUCUGCAACAUGAUGUACGUAAGCUGGAGGAAGUCCCUCACCGAAUACCUCCACAGCUGCUACUUCCAAGGCCAGGUCUACUACAACCUGCACGUGCUGCACGAGGACAUCGAUAACCCGGACCAGCGCAUCAGCCAGGAUGUGGAGAGGUUCUGCAGGCAGCUCAGCUCCAUGGCCAGCAAGCUCAUCAUCUCACCCUUCACACUGGCCUACUACACAUAUCAGUGCUUCUGCAGCACAGGCUGGCUAGGCCCAGUGAGCAUCUUUGGGUAUUUCAUCAUUGGAACAAUCAUCAACAAGGUAUUGAUGAGCCCAAUUGUGUCUAAACUUGUGCAGCAGGAAAAACUGGAAGGAGAUUUCAGGUUCAAGCACAUGCAGCUUCGUGUCAAUGCAGAACCAGCUGCAUUCUACAGGGCCGGGCGAGUGGAGCACAUGCGCACGAACCAGAGGCUGCAGAGCCUGCUACAGACCCAGAAGGAGCUGAUAGGCAAGGAGCUGUGGCUAUACAUUGGAAUCAACACUUUUGACUACUUGGGCAGCAUCCUGAGCUAUGUGGUCAUUGCCAUUCCCAUCUUUUCUGGGGUCUACAGUGACCUGAGUCCAGCGGAGCUCAGUGCCCUUGUCAGCAAGAAUGCCUUUGUUUCCAUCUACCUCAUCAGUUGCUUCAGUCAGCUCAUAGAUCUCUCCAGCACCGUGACUGAUGUAGCUGGCUACACACAUAGGAUUGGUGAACUGCAGGAGACCUUGCUGACCCUUGGCAGAAAAAAACCUGAUAACUACUCAGAAGCCCAAGCCAGCUGGGAUUUGGAUGUACCCAGCAGCCAUUCUGCAGAGGACCCAGUGCCAAAGGACACAGCUUUCAUUCUGGAGCACGUGACGCUCUCGGUGCCAUCCUCUGGCAAGCUGCUCAUCAAGGACUUGAGCCUCAGGAUCUCACAAGGAAACAGUGUGAUGAUUGUGGGGAACACUGGCACAGGGAAGACAUCACUCCUGAGGGUCCUUGGGGGACUCUGGGAGAGCACGUGGGGGAGUGUCAGGAUGCUGACCUGCUUUGGCCCCCAGGGAGUGGUGUUCCUGCCGCAGCGGCCCUUCUUCACCGACGGAAGCCUGCGCGAGCAGGUGAUCUAUCCCCUGAAGGAGAUCUAUCCAGUUUCAGGGUCAAUAGAUGACGAGAGAAUUGUGCGAUUCCUGGAGCUGUCUGGGCUGACUGAUUUGCUGGUGAGGGCUGGAGGACUAGACAAGCAAGUGGACUGGAACUGGUAUGACAUCCUGUCACCAGGGGAGAUGCAAAGGCUCUCGUUUGCACGGCUCUUCUACCUCCAGCCAAAAUAUGCAGUGCUGGAUGAAGCCACCAGUGCCUUGACAGAAGAGGUGGAGCAUGAACUGUACCGCCUGUGCCUUCAGCUGGGCAUGACACUGAUCAGCGUGGGACACAGGGCUAGCCUGGAAAAGUUUCACAGCUGGAUUUUGAAACUUCAUGGGGAGGGAAGAUGGGAACUCACUCGAUGCGAGAAGAUGAAGCGGCUGCCAGCAGGGGAAGGAUGCUGA